AUGGACACGCUGGUGCGAAGACUCAGGGAGAUCUUCGAGGACGACGAAGUGGAUAUUGACGAAGUGAGGUUGUUGUUGGAAUCAUACAGUAGUCACAAGGCCGACUGGAAGAAAUAUGCGCACUUCGACCCUCACAAGUAAGGAUUUAUGAAAACCAAUGACGCUCAAUUAAGUCAAUAUUUUAUAUAUAGCAAGACUUGGAGAAUAAAUACAGGUCUAAAAGUUCUUAUUCAGAUACACCAGGAACCUUGUGGAUAAAGGAAACGGGAAAUACAAUUUGAUGAUUCUUUGCUGGGCUCCGGGUUUGGGCAGCAAGUAAGUUGACAUUAAGUGUACUUCUUACAAGUUUUUGCUCAAAAUUUAAUUUCUUGUUAAAGUAUCCACGACCACACAAAUUCCCAUUGUUUUGUAAAAGUUCUGGACGGCACUCUGAGAGAAACUCGCUUUGCUUGGCCAGAGAAUGAGGACACCGCUCCCAUGAAACAGAUCUCCCAGUCAGACGCUCUCAUCAAUGACGUCACUUAUAUGAGCGGUCAGUCGAUUGAUCCCUUCCCUUAUUUUUGCUCUAUUUCGUGGAAACACCACGGCUUUUUUGAAGGAAGCAAGAGUCAUAAAGAAUAUAAUAUAUCAUUCUUCAGAUGAACUCGGUCUUCAUCGUAUGGAAAACCCAUCUCACGUCGAGAACGCGGUCUCAUUACACUUGUAUAUUCCCCCAUACCAGGACUGUCAGAUCUUUGAUCAACGUACUGGGGUCAAACAGAAGUGUACUGUAACAUUCUAUACAAAGUACGGUCGGAAGGUGGACUACCGAGGCAAUAAAGAGGGAAGAGUCAAGCAUGUGGACACUUCAGGGCCCUCAAUUUGUGGUUCCAGUCAUCCGGCGGCAAGUGGAUAA